CAAUUACAAAAUAUUCAAGCUUGCGCUUUGGUGCUACUCCAACUUGUGACACAAGUAGGUUAAAAAGAAAUACUAAAGAUUCAGUUUUCCAUGUCUUCUCUUGCGUUCACAGAUAAUAUGAAACCACUGACACGCAGUUCCAGUUAUGAAUUCCUGACAGAUUUCAUGUCCGAGCUGAGGGUGGUUCUGCUAGGGAACAGCUGGUCAGAGAUGAGAGCAGUGGGGAACAUGAUACUGAGACAGGAGAAGUUCUGUACUGAAAGAGCAGCAGACUGCUGUGUGGAAUUCAGUACACCCUUUGAGCAAAAACAAAUAGUUGUCAUUAACACACCAGACCUGCUGCUCACCAAAAUCUCUCAGGACAAACUGAAGGAACAUGUAGAAACCUGUGUGAGGCUCUCUGCUCCUGGACCUCAUGUGUUCCUGCUGGUUCUACAACCUGAAAACUUCACUGAGGAGCAAAAACAGAGACUCUGCAGAGUCCUUCAACUGUUCAGUGAUCGAUCAUUUGACCAUUCACUAAUUUUCAUGUCAACAUCCAGAGAGGAGAGCUCAUUUGAAAACUGUGUGACUCAUCCACCGCUAAAAGAAAUGAUCAGAAUGUGCAGAUACAGAUACCUGUGGCAGAAGAGCUUUGAACAUUCAGAGCUGUUAACACGUUUGGUUCAAACAGCAAAGGAGAUAAAUGAAGAUCGUCUGAGCUGUGAUGUAUUUGAGGAUGAGGAUGGCGGAUUAUUCAUGAGACCAAAGUGUGUUUUAAACCUGGUUCUGUGUGGGAGGAGAGGAGCAGGGAAGACGUCAGCAGCCAAGGCCAUUUUAGGUCAGACUGAGCUUCAUUCAGCCUCCAACUCAUCAGAGUGUGUUAAACAUCAGGGAGAGGUGUGUGGACGUUGGGUUUCCCUGGUGGAGCUGCCUGCCUUGUAUGGAAAACCUCAGGAGGCAAGUUAG